UUUUCAUUUUGGCUGUUCGAUGGGAUUAUUCCACAGAAUUCAUGCUCCACACAAUGGGCUGACCCUCACUCAUUUAUUUUAUGCCAAUGAUGUUAUUGUCAUGGGUGGGUGGUUGGAGGCAAAUUUCCAUAAUCUUACAAGGUUGCUCAGGUGUUUCUAUUUGGUGUCCAGUCUAAAGGUUAAGGGGCUGUUUGGCAAUAUCUGAAUGAUUAUGUGCUGAACCAGUAAGAGGUCUGAACCAUUAAGAGCCUGUAUAAUGCUUAACCGUUCAGAGGCAAAUGUCUGACCAAUUCAGAUUAGAGGUCUUAACCAUUCAGACUCUGUAUAAAUCUUAACCAUUCAGAGACAAAUGUCUGAACCAUUCAGACAUCUGCUUGUGAAACAAACAGUCUGAACCAUUAAGUGCUGAACCAGUAAGAUGUGUGAACCAUUAAGAGCCUCAUCAAGAGGUAAACAAACAACCCCUAAUUUCAACAAAAGCCAGUUAUAGUUAGAACGACUACGCUUUUGUGAAAGUAUGUUUUAGUCUAAAACCCUUUGAACCAAAACCAGUACAUUUUUAUUAAACUCUCAUUUCUCUCCAUUUUAAUAUUAUUUUCCGUAAAACCAGGUUUGACCUUUCUGCCAUUUAUUUUCUGCAAGUUAUUUAUAUAGAAGACAAGGAAGAAUCUGGGCCGCGAGAAAAGUUGCCAUCGUGAAGUGUGUGUCAUAAAUUUCUUAUCUAAAAACAAAACUUCAUAUUAUUAUUUUAUUAGUUAAACAAUAUUUUUUAUCUGAAAGAAUCUAUUUUGACUUGUCACAUGACAACAUCAGUAAAUAUAUUAUAUAAUUUUUGGGAUCAUAUAAUUCUUAACCAUAUAUAAAGGACUUUUUUUCCCAUAUAUUUUUACUGUCAAAUGUGUUUUCUUUUUACAAUAACCAGAUAAUAUAUUUGCUAUAUUCAUCAUUGUCAAAUUAAAACCUCAACCUCGCCAAAUAUAUUAAUUUGUAAGAGGUUUAUGUCUAACUUUGAUAGUUUACCGAGAGAACAUGAAGUUUAAUUAGCACAAGUUCUACGUCAACAAUAUAAAUAAAUCUGACUUGGUGAUAUCAUUGAUAAUUUUAAGAAAAUGGUAUACAUUUAUAUAAAAAAUUUAAAAGUAGGGUUGAAGGAUUAUUUUAGCCAUCGUUCCUUACUUAUAAAUAUCCUAACGAACAUGAACGAAUCUCGUUCGUGUUAGUUCCAUUAAUUUAACAGAACAGGUGAAUAGAACAUGAGCAGUUAAAUGGAAUAUUGUGUCUAGUUUAUUCAUCCAGAAAAUAAAUAAAUGUGUUCAUGUUCGUUUGUUAAUAUUCACAACGUACAUAAAUGAACGAACUUAAACAAAGAAAAUGAACAUGUUUUUGUUCAUUUAUUAGUCGAUUGCUCAAGCCUUGGUCCUACUUUUUUUGAUUGGUUUGAUGGGUUAGUGCAUGAUAGGCCAACCAAUAUAAAUAACUAAUAGAUAAAUUUAAUUGAGUAUUUAACACACAAAUGAACGAGACAUGUGUACAUGUUUGUUCAUUUAACCAGACGAACAAAGUUUCUUUGUCAUGGUCUUUCAUCUGUUAAAUAAACAAACUUCUUGUCUAAUAAUUCAUUGAACAUUCACUUCGUUUACAUGCAUAUCCCUUACUAUUUUAGCACAUACUGAUUUUAUCACAAUAAAAUAAAAUCACAGUAAUCAACUAAUAUAGUAAUAUUUAGUUUACAAUUCUUUUUUUCCCUUAUUUCUAAAUAUAAUUGACUUAUAACUUAUAACGAUUAUAAUUGAUGUAGUUUAAACUUAUUAAUUUUACUAUAUACGUCUUUAAGAGAACAUUCUGAUAGUUAAAGCGUGUGUCUUACAACCAAAAAGUUUGAGAUUCGGAUAAAAAAAAACCAAUAAUGUUAUACUUGUGAGGAAAAAACAACUUACUAAUGGACACCCACUUAACAUAAUACAACCGGAAUACUUAGUUUUAAUUUAAUCAAACUAUUAAAAUGCAAUAAUUAUAGUUACUAUAAUAUAAUAUAUUACUUUAAUAGGUCCCUUGGAUUCAAUACUUUUACACCCCCUCAGCUUUCAUCACUUUCACAAGCCACAAGGACAAGCUCAUUGGUGUCGGUGGUACAUUAUUAUCCAUGGCUGCUAAUGGUGAACCCACCACCACCACCUUCUCUCUCUUGUUGCUAGCCAGACUAUCUGCUUCUCUAGUCGCCAUACUAGUUCUCACUUGGGCUCUCUACUUCACCACCAGCUUCCUCCCUCAAACACUCUCCCAGCAAGACCUCAUUUACUCAGUUUUGCAUCCUUUGUUAAUGGUAAUUGGUUUCAUUCUCAUAAGUGGAGAAGCAAUAUUGGUGCAUAGAUGGUUGCCUGGUUCAAGAAAGAAGAAGAAAUGGGUGCAUUUGUGGCUGCAAGGGGUGGCAUUGGCCAGUGGCAUAUUUGGAAUUUGGACAAAGUUUCAAGGGACACAAGGGGUUGUGGCUAAUUUCUAUAGCUUGCAUUCUUGGAUGGGUCUUCUUUGUGUUUCUCUUUUUGGGGCUCAGUGGUUGAUGGGUUUUCUAAGCUUUUGGCAUAGAGGCGAGGUGCGGAUGAGCAGAAUGCGUGUUUUGCCUUGGCAUGUAUUCCUUGGUCUUUACACAUAUGGAUUAGCAGUAAUAACAGCUGAAACCGGGCUUCUCGAGAAGUUGACUUUCUUGCAAACAAAAGGAGUAGUUUUGAAGCGAUGUAACGAGGCAAUGAUUGUUAACGGGUUAGGGCUAUGGUUGGCCAUGCUUUGUGGUCUGGUGAUCUUAACCGCGGUCUCACCCAAGCGUUACCAAAGUAUUCCCACAACAAAGGUCGCAUACUCAGAUAGCAAGUGCUUGACUUCGUAGUCGAAUUCAUUUCCUAUAUGUUUUUAAAUUGAGAACUCGUGUACAUAUUUAGGUGUUGUGAGUGAAAGUGGUUUUCUACUUUGUUAUUGAUAAUCUUAUCAAUAUCAAUACUUUGGACCAAAGUACUGAAUUAGUUUAAUAAACUUGUACAAAGUGGCCUUUUCAUAUGGCCCGGCAACGGUACAAAAGUAGUUAACA